CGGGUAGUUGACAGACGCAAACAAACAGAAAACGACGUGGGAAUUUUACAAAAAAAAAGAAAGAAAGUACAGUAUAUUGCAAUGGAGGCCGAUGUGUGGGGUGUUCGGAUUUCUCCUCCGUUUUUGGAAUUUUUGGACGUAAAAGUAGGGUUCACUUACAGAGGCACCGUCACGGUGAAAAAUAUCAGCAAGACCAGCAAGAGGUUAAGGAUAAACGGACCUGUGUCUAAGCUUUUCAAGUUGUCAGUAGCAAAUCAAGAUAAGCCAAUUGCUCCUGGUCUCAUGUUAACUGCUGUUGUGGAAUAUAUUCCUGAAAAAGAUGAAGAUUUCCGAGACAGGUUGAUCCUUUUAGCUGAUGAAGAUGUUAUUGAGAUUCCUCUAUUAGCCAUGUGUCCUUCUUGUUACCUUGAGAUCGAAACAGAAGUUGACUUUGGUUUUGUGGUAGCAAAUAGUAGAUUGAUUAGCAAGGAAAUAGAAAUUUCUAAUCAUGGAUCUGCCCCAGGUGUCUUUAAAAUUUACAGUGUAAGCAACUUACCUGUGAAGAUUCAGCCUCCAAGUGGAAUAGUACAGCCAAAAACAACACAAAAAAUUAAAUUUGAGUUGACCACAGAUAAAGCGACAAACUUUGAAGAAUUCGUAAAAGUAAAACUGCAGGACAGUGAAGAUGUUGUAAUUAAAAUUAAAGCUGAUAUUGUGGAGCAAGUUCUAGAACUUCUAAACACAGCCAAUCAGAGAAUAGAAUGUGUUCGUUUUGGUGCUGCCUACUUUGGAACAUCCAAGCUGCAGCAGGCUGUACUUUACAACAACAGUCCUCAAGCCAUAAACUGGGUGGCUAUAUUGCAAGAUGAUGCUGAAGGAGCAGAUGUGGGAAAUGACUGGGACAGCAGUACAGAUGCAACUUUACUUGAAAUGCGAAUUAGACAAAAACUGGAUGGCAUUGAUAUAGCAAUGCUUAUAUCAUGCUUUCCAAAUCAAGGCUCACUCGGACCGUAUGAAAAAACCACAGUUAUCCUGCAUUUCAGCCCUAUUUAUAACAGUGUAAAUGAACCUAAAAAGCAAGAUUAUGCUUUGUUCAUGAAAUUUGAAAUUGUGGGCAGCAAAGAGAGCUUCAUUCAAGAAACAAGCAGGAAAUAUUUGAUGAAAAAAGAAAGAGGACACAACCACGUUGAACUAGCUUUGACUGGCACGGGUCUUCCUGUAAUACUGAUGGCCACUCCAGCACCACCUUAUGAUUUUAAGGAAUGCUACAUGGGUGAGCAAGUCGACAUUCAAUGCUCUCUUCAGAACCAAUCACUUUUGCUUCCUGUCCUCUACAGUUCCCGGAAAACUGCAAAUUUUAGUAUCUUUCCUUCAAAAGGCAAAAUAAAUCCUGGAAUGCAACAGGAUGUUGUGCUUUCGUUUGUCCCUCACCAAGCUGGAACUUUCAAAGUUAAUCAGCUUAUAGAUAUAUUUGGUCCAGUUGCAUUGCCAAGUAAUAAUUCAGUACAUCUGAAAUCAAGACCCUUCCAUCAGAUUAGUCUGAGUUUUACUGGAGUCUGCAAGCCAACAGCUAAACAAAUGGUUGCCAAGUUUAACCCUGGCAUAAAAUCAUCAUUCACUAAUGAAAGUGGACAAUUUUUUGAGGUGAAUUCUGAACAGCUGAGGAAUUAUAAUAGUUCAGCUCGAAUGGCACUAUUAUGUGCAACAAAAACUGGAAUUCACACUCACAGAAGAAGUAAGAGUCUAGAAAAAAAUGUGCUAGUGUCAUUUCCUGAUGAUCGUGCAACCAGUAUAAAGCAAUCGUCUAGGAAUGAGUUGUACAGGACAAUUUUUACAAAGACAUUGAGAUACAAUUAUGUGGAUCCUGAUUAUGCCUACACGGAAGAAGAAGAUGAGCAAAGGAAAGCACAUAGAGAGUAUUAUGCCCAUUUUCUUAAAAGUUUAAGAGAACAGCGCCUCCAGAAGGAAAAAGACAGAGAAAUGGGUGAUGUGAAAGGAAAAGAUGACCUUGGUAUGAAAUCAGCUGCAGGAAUUUUUCCAAAGAAGCUCUUACUUGGUGACAUUGAAGUAAACCAGCAGGUGGAAGUUGUAAAAAGUACUCUGCUAACCACUCGAAGACUGGCAGCUAUAGAAUCCAGAUCAACAAGCAGGCCAGUAACUGAUGGUCUUAACGUUGUACCAACAACACAAGAAGAAACUGAAGACUGUAAAAUGACAUUGUCUGCUCAACAGCUGCAUCAAAUUAUAAUCGGGCCAUCUGUUGUAGACUUUGGUGAAGUGUGCUUACAUUCCAUUUCCUCAAAACCUCUGAAUAUUGUCAAUAAUUUGCCUGUACAUAUUUGGGUACAAUUUGAAAUUGACUGCCUGGAGCUCCAGCAAACAAGUCCUUUGUCUCAUGUUGUCCCACCAAUGUCCAGAGCAUUUCUGCCCAUCAUAUUUGAAACAAAUGAUUUAGGAAAGUUCCAACGGUCAGUGACUUAUACGAUAAAUAAGAAUCAUGUAGGCCAUGUUCUGGUGUUGGGGCAAGUGGUUCCAGUAACUUUGGAGUUGUCCACUCAAGAAUUGAUCCUGACACCAAACUCCUGCUUCCUGGCUGAAAGUGGUUUUAGAUCAACAAUCACCCUACGUAAUCCUCAAAAUCAUCCAGCUGAGUUCACCUGGAAACCCAUAAUUACAGAAAAUGGGAUUGCAUUUUCUAUUCGACCUGCUACAGGAUCUGUGGAUGCCUACAGAGAAUUAGAAUGUGAAGUCGUUUGGCACCCAUCUUACUAUUCCCCAGUGGAUGGAGAGUUUGACCUUAUAGUUCAUGAGGGGAACACAGCCAGGCUGAAAUGUCUUGCUAUGCUUGGUUCAACAAGUGUAGAAUUUACUGAAAAGCACGUUGUAUUUGGCUCAGUUGCUCAGAAUCUUACUGCAAUCAAGACUGCCACUCUCCAAAACAAUGGACAAAACCAUGCCUACUUUCAGGUUUUUGAUCCUAACCCUCUGCCCGGAAUGACUAUCAUACCUUCUGAGGGAGUGGUACCAGUUGGAGGAAGCUUGGAUCUUGUACUAUACUUUAUCCCAGAUGCAGUGAUGAAGUUUGACACAAGAGUAGAGGUUGGCAUACGCAAUACAAAAUCUUCUGAGCUUCGGAUAGGUGGAUCAGUGGAGAUGCCCCAGGUUGAGAUUGAUGUGAAAAAUUUUAGAUUCCCUGGUGUGUAUUCUGGCUCAGUACAAGAGAUUCCCUUCACCCUUCAGAACAAAACUGCUGUACGUGCUAGAGUGGAAUUUGAUUUGUCUGACCACCCAGAAUUUGCCAUAAAGUUUAUAGACUGUACAGGCACCUGUAAGGGUUCAAAUAUAUUUUUGUUGGAUAUGGAAGAAAAUGAAUCUUUGGAAUGUUCUUUAGUUUUCAGUCCCAGGGAGGUGGCAGCAUAUGAUUUUAGUCUUCCUGUCAACAUAAACAGUGCAGUUGCUCCUUCUCCACCUCCAAGUUCUUUGCCAAAAACACCGUCUAUUAUUGAAAAACACCUUGUCACUCCUCGUCCCCAUACAAUAGCAGUAACUACUCCUUCUCGCAGAAUUCAGGCAACUGUUUUACAACCACCACUUGAAGUGUCAAAGAUGGAACUGAAGUUUGAGGUCCCUGCAGAAUUUAGCAACACAGAAUUGUUUCCUGAAAGCAUAAACACUCAGACAUUUGAAAUGAAAAAUAUUUCUCAAAAAGAAGUCAGUUGGAUGAUAGACCUGACCAAAGAAAAUUCUUAUUUUGAUGAAGGCAUUUUCAAAAUUUACCAACAAGCUGGCACUCUACAGCCAGAUGAGAAGAUCUCAAUAACUGUGGAUGAAGCAACUGACAUAUCUUGCCAUGCCCAACUGUCUGUCAUUAUUAGAUAUGUGGAUAGUGCAGGUAAAAUUCAAGAGUGCUUCAUUGGAUUUUUGGAUGUGUCAGGGGGUCGAGAUGCUCAGUCUGUGUUUGAAGUUUUAAAAGAGAACAUGCAGGGCUACAGUUUUAGAGAAAAACUUGUGGCACAAACCUACGAUGGGGCUGCUGUCUUUGCUUCAUCUCUCAAUGGCCCACAGGCCAAAGCUAAAUCUACUCAAAGAAUGUCUUUUCUUGAGUCUGCAGGGUCUUCAAGUUUGCCCAGAAAUGCUCCUACUCGAUGGAAUUUCACAUCACGGAUAGUGAGCACUGUGGCAAACAAUUAUGAUGGCCUCCUGCAGACCUUUGACAAGAUUACCCAGGAUGAAAGCAUGGAUGAUGACACAUUAGUUGCUGCCAAAGGCUUCAUAAUGAAACUGGAGGAUUUUGAGUUUGUGCUCAUGUUGUACACAUAUGAACAAAUAUUCUCUGAGACAGAUGUUGUCUUUGAUAUUGUCCAGCAAAGGACUAUGGAUGUUCUUUACUGCAAAAAAAGAAUUGGGUCUCUCCUUGCUUUUGUCAAGGAGAAGAGGUCAGAUGAGGCUUAUCAAGCAGUUUAUGCAAAAGAUCCCCAGGACCGCUACAGAAAUUUGUACAUGGCCAUCCUAGACAAUCUCAUGGAGCAGAUUUCUCAGCAUUUUUCAAAUUUGGAAAGCAUGAGCUUCUUAGAAUUAGUCAAUCCAGGGAAAUUUGAUGAAAUGAGACAAGUGUUUCCAGAGGAGGCAUUUGAAAGUGGAGGAAGUGGUUAUGUAAAAAUACGUGCAUAUGAUUCACAUGUAGCAAUUUUUAAUUUGGGCUUGUUUACAAGAGAGUCAGGAAUAUAUAAUUUGAAUGUCCCAAUUUUUAUAAAUGAUGACUAUAUACAUCCCUUCAGAAGCAUCACAUUGUCUGGUGUCAUUAAAAUACCUAAGAUCAUCUUUGAUCCUCCAAGUUUGAUAUUAGCACCAGUACCUUUGGAAACAGAAGUAGGAGCUAUGAUUAGCAUAAUUCCAUCAGAGUAUAUCAGAAAUUGCUUUGUGAAUGUGGAACUUCCAGAAAUUGAGCUUGAAGAUGGAACAAACAUUAAACCUUUCACUCUAAAGUUUCUAUCUGGCCAACAAAUAAUAACAUUAUCAAAUGGAAAAAAUAAGAUUCUGACAUGCCAGAUUAUCUUCAAAUCCUCACGUCCUGUUUCUGAUGUGUCAGAUAUUGUCUUCAUUGAUGAACAUCAACAGAGAUUUGUUCUAUCUGUUGUUGCAACAGCAGACAAUUGUCUUUUGACUGCUUACCCCUAUCUGGCACUUCAUCUCUCUGAUCAACAGAUUGUUCUAAAAAGUGGCUGUCUAAAUGGUGUAAACAGCAAACAGAACACCGGAGAAGCUAUUCUUCAUCCAUGCUACACCCCUGCUACUCACUCUCGAAGUACUUCUUCAAGUUCAACCUUCAUCGUCCUGAGCUCAACAUGUGAUGAAUCCUUUCCAGAAUCAGCUGAAGAAAAUCUAAAUGGAAGUGUUAAGAAGAGUGAUGAGAUAGACCAACAAGGCUUCAAGAAUAUCUUUGGAUUUCCAACCUUUCCUAUGGAGAACACAGAGGAAGGACAUUUUUUUCGGAUGAUGCUGUAUGCAGUGCAGAAAUGGUUCAGUCUGUUUGGAUGGCCAAAAGGUCCUCGUCCUAUUUCUAUUCCAGAGUCCCUUCGAAGUGGUGUAUGCAAAAAUCAGUCAUCGGGUUCAUCAGUUCGAAAGUCUUCAUUUCGUUCAAGUCGAGGAAAAGAAGCUAACACUGUUUAUGACAUGCUGUUCCAUCUGAGUGGCCAAGUGUUACAAGGAAUUACUACAACACAAGCAUUGCCCACUGACCAUACAAAGCGAGUUCUUCAGCUUCACUGGCAGCACUCCAGCCUAAUCACCUUUUUAAAAGCGCACGGAGCCUGCCUUGCCUAUAUCAGGCCAGAAUUUCUUUUUGAACCAGAUGACUUUAAGCACUGGAAUUCCAUUCAGUCUCAGUUAGGUCAGCUGCAGAAUAAAAAAGCAAAUGGCAUGGACAAGCCUGGGGAUAUCAGUCUGACUGGAAUUGAGGACAUUUAUUUUGAAUCUUUGAGCAAACGUGCAUGGACAGAUGUGUUGCUUCAGAUAUACAAAGUUUUUGUACUUUCACAAAUACAAACACAAGGCUCUAACACUUUAGCUGGACUGGAAUAUAUGGAAAACAUCCCAAAAAUCAACCCUGACCCUUUAUCCAGUAACAUAUACUCAACAUCUGAACGCAAACUUCUCACAUGGUUAAACUUGCACUAUGAAAAAAUGAGAAACACUGUGUGGAAAAAAAUCAGCAAAGGCGAAGCACCUCCGGGAAGAUGGAUCAUAAACUUUGACCUUGACCUUCUAGACGGUGUGGUACUUGCUACAGUUUUAGCAUCAUAUUGUCCAUUCCUUAUCUCAACUCACCUUGUGAACAUUUAUACCAAUCCUACCAGUUUAGAACAGUGUUUACACAAUGCUCUAUUACUAGUAAAAGCUUUUCAUGCCAUCAACCUUGAAAUAGAUGUUCAGGCAACAGACAUUUCAGAUCCAAACCCUAUAAUGAUGAUUAUGCUGUGUGUUUAUUUGUAUGAAAAACUGCCCCAGUAUGUUCCAAAGAAGACAAUUGAGUUUUCUGUAGGUUUGCAUUGUUCAUCUAUCAGACAGGUAUUGCUGAAAAACACAAGUUCGAAGGCUUUGGUGUAUACAGCAACAAUUAUUGGAAAGGAGUCUGAAGAUUUUGUUAUAGUGAAAGGAAACACUGUGACAAUUGCACCAAGAGGACAGACAAAUGUAACUGUGGAAUUCACCAGUCGCUUUUUGCGACCAGUGGAAUCAAUACUUUUGCUUACAGCAAAGUUAUCAACAGGACCACAUGGUGGAACUCUGGUAUUUACAUUGAGAUCUAACAUCACAAGCAUUACAUCAAGUGGUGUCAUUAAAUGCUCUUCUCCAUGUUAUGAACUAAAUAAGUGCCAUGUCACAACCACAAACCCUUUCAAAAAAGAUGGGGAAUUCAGGGUGAUCCUGCUGGAAUCAAAAAACAGUUUGGCCAAAGUUGGGCCUCAAGAAUUCUUAAGGAACUUGGAUUUAAAAUGCAGCUAUCCCAUGUCAGGAUCAGAAUUCUACAGCCGGGAUAUUGCCAGCUUAGACAACAACCAAGACACCAGUCUUGGCACGACUGGACAAGUAAAUCAACUGAAUGAAUUCUUCAGUCCUGUGGAAAGUGUGUUUUUGGAAUGUAGGGGAUCUGCAAAUAUUGAGAUUCACUACCUCCCAUUCCACUUAGGAAAACGCUAUUGCAGCAUUUUGUUCCUUAAUGAAAAGGUGGGGGAAUUUUUAUAUUCUGUGGAGGGAGAAUCUACUCUGCCUUUACCUCAACCUCUAAUACCAGUGGAAAGUUCACAUAUCGCUCACAUCAGUGGGGCUGGGAAAGGUAAAAGGAGUGAAAAACCUGUUCUCAUUUUUAAAUGUUUAAUGGACAGCUGCCUGGAAGAAAAGUUAAAAAUCCCUCUAGUGAAUGAAGCCAGAGAAAAAGCUCUCGCAGCUGUAGCCCAACAGCGUAUGUCAUUUGUUGAGUUUGAACGUCGAAAGAUUACAGGAACUUUACAAAGCAGCAGUGUUAGAGCUGCCAUGGCUGCUCUGGGACUUUCUGAAACAGAGACACGUCCUGUGCCAGCUACUCUGGAGAACAAAUACAGAAGCAUUGACUAUAAAGUUGAAGUUUCUAUGCCAGAACACUUUAAAUUUCCUAAAAAGAUAUCUAUUCCUGUGUCAACAACAAGUGCAAAUAGUUUAAAGUCAACACUUUUAGCAGUUAAAACAACAGAGGACGCAGUGGAAAUACCCCUAAUCUUUCACCCGAAGGCACCUGGGCGAUACCCAUGUCAGAUAGUACUGCAUUCUUCCAGAGAUGUCCGUGUACACCUCAUUGAGUGUGUGGUAAAUUCAGAGGAAACAGAAGCAGAUCUGAUGUUUGUAACUCCUGCUCUUCAAACUGUCACACAGGAUAUCCCAAUUAGCAACAAAACCUUGCAAGAGUGGAGUAUUCAAGGCGUCAUUGAGGGCAAUGGAUUUUAUGGUCCUUCAGUUAUAAAUGUACGAGCUGGUGAAAAAGUUCAGUAUCCACUGAUGUUCAAACCUAUGUGUGAAGGCAUUACUCUGGGCAAACUUACUCUGCAGAAUUAUACAGAUGGUACCAGACAAAUUUUUGGACUGAGAGGAGUUGGAAAAAAACCUCUGGCUUUUGAUCAUGCUGUGAUAGACUGUAGAGUGGGUCAGCUUGCACAGAAAGUCCUGAUGGUGCCAAAUUUUACACAGACCAGACUAAUAUGCAAGGUUGUCUCUGAUCUUGCAAUUGUGAGUGGAUUUCCCUUUCUGGAGCUAAAACCAGGACAAUCAACUUCCUACACAAUAAGUAUAGAUCCACGGAGACGGGGGAAGCAAACAGGUGUAAUUUCAUUUGUUGCUGAAGAUGGAGAGGACCAGCAGCCCCCUCACAACAAAGCUGUGAAUCAGACAGAUGGUAAACAGGCUAUUCAGAGGUUGGCAGGAGAAACAUUCAGUGCCCUCGAUGAUUCAAAAGAAGUCUCCCAUAUCUAUAAAGUUUGGUUUUCACUGGAAAUAAUUGCAGCGCCUCCUCCAUCAGUUCAGAUUAUAGCUGUGAAGUGCCCUAUUCAUACAAAGACAACAGUGGAUAUCCCCAUCUCCAAUCCAAGUAAUGAAACAAUGCACUUGGAUGUACUGCUGAGGGGGGCUGGUCUUUCUGGAGACAGUUACCUCGUCCUUAAACCAAUGGAAAAAGUUUCUUAUUUGGUCUCAUACUUCUCAUCAUUUACUGGUAGAGCAACUGGAAGUGUCAUAUUUCAGUCUGACAAAGUGGCAGAAUUCUGGUAUGAGUUGGAUUUGACUACAGAGAAACCAUUGCCAACAAUUUUUCCACCACUACAAUGUGAACUAGGAAAGUGGACUCGUCACUUUAUCCCCUUAGUUAAUCCUACAGAUGAAACUUUGCAACUGCAAGCAUUUAACAGUAAUCCAAAACAUUUUUCAGUGGAGCUGGGUCCAAAGAAAUCGUUGACAAUGGCACCACAUUCAUCAGCCAAUGUUCCAGUUCAUUUUUGUCCAUCGGCCCUUGGAAGAGCAAACCAUAAAACAAGUGUUUCAUUCAAGUGUCGACAGGUGGAAGAAUGGAAAUUCCUUCUGUCGGGUAUAGGUUUAGUACCUGGGACCAUGGAACCCCUUAGCAUCAGCACAUCUAUAGGAUCACAUGCCUCUGUUAUUGUGCCCUUCAGAAAUCCUACUGAUCACAAUGUGGUAGUAGAUGUGGUACUAACAGAUAAAGAAGGAAGCAGUUCUGAUUUUCAAGAGACUAUCAGCAGCUCAGUUUUCAGUUUACCUCUGCAAGAAACAUAUGGAAUCCGUUUGACACCAAAAGGCAGACUCGACAUCCCAGUCAUAUUUGCUCCUAACUCACUUCAGCUGAGUGAAAGUGCUGUUGUUAUUCAGAUAAAAAAAGAGAAUGGAGAUCCUUGGAGCUGCCCUCAGUUAAAUGAAUCUGAUCCUAAAGUUCAAAAUGCAAUUAUAUUUGGAACAGAAGGAAGUGUCAUAGGAAUUCGAUGGGUCUAUCCAAUUCAUGGUAUUCCGGAAGCCCCCCUCUCCAAGUCAUCCCCUGCUGUAAUUAAAUGUCAGGCCAGAGAAAGAAUAGAAGAACACAUUGAAGUGUUGCUGACUGGGUCUGUUCCUGGAUCCUCCACUGAUUUAAAGACAAAAUCUGAAACAAACAAUGUCCAAAAUAUACACAUCCAAGAUAACAUACAAAAUGAGGUGCAGGUCACAGACGGAUCUGCCACAGCUGAAGAGUUCUACCAUGAGAUACAGUUUCAGUCUGAUGCAGACAAAGCUCAGCUGGAAGCCUCUGUUGCUCUUUGCCUUCAAAGAAAGGAACGCGACCCAAAUACUGGAAUUGUGACACUGGUCUUCAGCAUCAUAUUUGCUCCCUAUAAGCCUUACAGAUGUUCUGCAGUGCUUGCAGUCCAAUGCGCUACAGGAGGAAAAUGGAAGUUUCCAAUACAGUUGAUCGCUACAGAACCCAAAGUUGAUGAUGUUAUAACAAUUGAAGCUGCUGGAUUAAAUAAAACAUCGAUGGUGGGAUUUAGGCUGACAAGUCAAACAAGAAAUCCAGAGCCUUUCACUGCAUAUUUUAUGCCCGCCAGUGGCCAAGAGUUUGAAGUAUCACCUCAAUCAGGAGAGCUGCUUCCUAUUGACACGGCUGGGACCCUCAUUACAGUUAGCUUUACUCCAAGCAUGUACAGCAAAAAGCACAGAGCAACACUGGUAAUACAGACGUCUGAUAUGCAGUGGAUGUAUGAGAUUCAUGGAGUGCAGCCUCGCUACGUACCACCCACUUCUCAGGCCUCAAAAACUGUGACAUCAGUGACCAUGAGAACCGCACCCGUAAAGCAACGCAACUUUAUUCGGGAAAACCUCGAGUUAACGACAACCUCGGUAUCCUCACCCAUCAAAGGCCGGCCGCUAGUCAGUCGAACUAAAUAAGUUGAUCGUAUGUACCCCUGAGCUCCUUUACACUCUUUGUGUACAUAGACAGCCUCAUUAUAUUUGAUUAUAAUUUAUUAUUUCUUAUAUUUGGUGCUUAAAAAUCACUGGAAAUGUGUUCUGUGUUCAUUUACUUUCUGGUAUAAACUGUCGGUAGCGAAUCCUUGUCUUUACACUUUUACUUGGGGACAUACAGAACAUGUAACAUUAUCCCAACAAUCAGUAUUUUUAUAUUGGUAGAGUUUAUUUUUACAUAUACCUGCAUUGUGAGUCCUAUUAGUAGAGAAUCUAUUUCUGUUUUUCAGUUAUAUUUUAUAUUUAUGUUCAAUUAAA